AUGCUUCCAGCUUCAGAGCUCAAAUCAAUUCUUGCAACCUUGUUGAUCUUGGGAAUGUGGGCUUUCCAAGCCACGUCUCGGGAGCUACAUGACGAAGCUUCCAUGGCUGAAAAGCACGAGCUAUGGAUGGCGAAGUAUGGGCGUGCCUACAAGGACUCUGCGGAGAAAGAAGAGCGCUUCGAAAUAUUCAUGGACAACGUGCAGUUCAUCGAGUCCUUCAACAGAGCCGCCAAUCGAUCUUACAAGCUCAGCAUCAACCAUUUUGCAGACUUAACCAAUGAUGAAUUCAAGGCCUUUCGGAAUGGACACAAGCACAUCUCCUCCCACCUCAACCCAUCCAACUCAAUGCCAUUUCGAUACGAAGAUUCGGCUGCAGAGCCAUCUGCGGUGGAUUGGCGGAAGAAGGGAGUUGUCACUGCAAUCAAAGACCAAGGCACAUGCAAGAAGGGUUACAUUAGGAUGCAAAGAGACAUUGGUGCCAAGGAAGGCCUUUGUGGGAUAGCCAUGGAAGCUUCCUAUCCUACUGCUUAA